AUGGCGGUGUUCUCUGACGUGGCGGGCUAUGGAGUGAGGGUCUCCCCGUUGGGAUCCUCAGUGCCACUCUGUGAGCACAGCUCCAAGGCACCCGUUCCUGUGUCGAGCAGCAUCGUCGUUACCGUUGCUGAGGCCAUUGGUGGAGUUAAAGUAACGUCUCAGAAAUCUCAGAUUUCUAGCGCAACUUGCUCUGACUUCAUCGCAAAGUAUGACUACCUGAAGUUCACGGCUGAGCGAACAAGUAGAACUAACUUAUUCAGACGGGUUCGUUCUGGAGGGCUUGGUCUGUGUCAUUUGUAUCUUCGUCAGUUAGUUAAUCGGUUUAUGUUUUUCCGAAAUAAUCGAGACCCAUUCAUACGUACUAUUAUACAGCUUAGGCUUGGAAGACGGUUGCCAGAGUUUGUGGUAGCAUCUGUUCACAUGAAGGUAAGUAUUAGUGGUUUCUUAAAAGAAGUUGUCAAUUCAUGUCUCUUUCUGAAAACGCGUUUUUCAUUGGAAUACCUCAGUACGGUUUCGCGUAAAAAGUUAUACAAAGAUUUAGUGGAAACAGUUCUUCCUGUUCCCCUAUAUAGAGCAUUAUACCGUGUAGGCCCAGGCCAAAAUGUCUUAAGCCGUGUAAAAAAAAUGGAGGUAACACCUGGAGAGAAAUCCUUUUUCUUGAAGUUGCACACAGGGACCUUGGCCUUGAAAACAUGGAUGCAAGAAAAAGGCUUAUUCGUUCCUUGGGGUGUUGAUUGCCUUCUCUGCAAAAAGCCGAAAACAAUUGAACAUGUUUUCCUGGACUGCUGGGAUGCAGUCUUUUUCUGGGAUGUUCUCCAAAGAACUUUGAAAAAGGAUCUGCCUAUCAAUGCCUAUGACAUCAGAUUUCUACCAGCAUCAAAUGAAGAAGGAAUACCUCUCGACCUAGUAAUGUUACUGGGCCUGCACGGUAUAUGGCAAUCUAGAAUGGCGGUGCGCCAUGCUGAUGUUAAUGCACGUCCGGUUAGGCAAUAUUUCUUUCAAUCUGUCUGUUCGUUCGUGGAAGCACAAAAGGUUCAACAAGAGGUGCCCGAAUGGCUUAAUCAAGUAGAAAGCCUUCUACAGAUGAAGGAAUUUUAA